AUGCUCAUCAUGCACCUGGACGAGCACGAGAGCCCCUCGGCGUCGGCGCUGCCGGCGCUCGUCAAGCGUGAGGACCCGCGCGCGCUCGUGUGGCAGCAAGAGCCGCCCGCCCACUACGCGUCGCCUCCUCCUCCUCCGGCCGAGGAGCCCGAGCCCGCGCCGACCAAGAAGAAGAAAAGCGCCAGCAAGGGCGUGUUCGUGUGCACCGAGGUCCACUGCGGCAAGCAGUUCCCGCGCUCCUUUGCGCUGCGGCGCCACAUGCGCAUCCACACGGGCACCAAGCCCUACGCGUGCGACUACGAGGGCUGCACGCAGCGCUUCAACACGUCGGGCAACCUGAGCCGCCACAAGCGCAUCCACAGCGGCGAGCGGCCGUACCCGUGCAUCUUCGCCAGCUGCGGCAAGCGCUUCAACACGAGCACCAAGCUCAAGCGCCACAUGCGCGUCCACUUCCCGGAGGGCCAGAACGUCUUCCGCUGCGUCAGCCAGGUCGGCUGCAACUGGAGCUGCGACAACUACAAGGAGUUCGCGCAGCACCAGAAGCUGCACCACAACGUCAUCGUCGGCGCGCAGGACCACGUCUUCGUGCAUCACCACCAGGAUGAGCAGCACCACGACCAGCACCACCAGCACCAGCACCACCAUCACGCGGCUGUGUCCUCCGUGGAGCUCUCGACCGAGAAGGACAACGACUACUUCUCCACGGCGGACUCGACGCGCGAGUACUCGACCUCGACCGAGCACGUCCCGUACGGCAACCACCACGUCUCAGUGUCCACCGCCCCGCCCGCCAGCUUCCUGUACCCGAGCAGCUUCGACAAGCCCAAGAGCAGCGUGCUGGUCCCGCCGCCGCCCGCCAAGUUCGACACCAAGUUCGACACGAGCCGCAACAAGCUCAUGGGGCCCUCGCCCUUCUUCGGCGCCAGCGACCUCAGCAGCAGCCUCCCGACUAUGUUGCCCAAAGAUCAGGGCAAAAAGCCGUCGUCGUCGGAUCUGGAUCAUCUGUACGGGUCGGACCAACGCCGGAAUGUCGCCAUGAAGCCCAGCGCCAGCGCCUUCCCGUCUGCGCAGUACUCGUCCUCGGCGGGGAGCUCCUUCUCGCUCAGCUCGGACAGCGCGUUCAGCCGCUCCAGCUUCUCCAAUAGCAGCAGCAGUAGCCACUUUGCGCCGCUGCGACCCGAGGAGGACCGCGGAGACGGCGGCUACGAGCAGCCAACGCAGCAACAGCAUCAGAUGCUGCCACCUCCGAGCCAUCACGUGCUUCGGCCGCCGCCGCAAAGUAGCGAAGAUGCCAAGUACGGCGGAUUUGCAGUGCCGCCGCCUAUGAACCCGGCGGCGCCCGAGUUCACGGGCGAAGAGCUCAACGUGGUGCUGCAGCUCAUGAACGAGAAUUACUGA